CUGCGCCCCCCCGGCCGGCCCCGGCAUGAGCAUCUCCAUCCCGGCGGGGCUGACGGAGCUGCUGCAGGGCUUCACUGUGGAGGUGCUGCGGAGUCAGCCCGGGGACCUGCUGGAGUUCGCCCUCCAGUACUUCGGGCGCCUCAAAGAGGAGGCGGCGGCGGCCAAGGCGGCGGCAGCAGCGGAGAAGGAGGCGAGCGGCCGCAAGGCGGGCACCCCCGCGUCCGGCCAUGACAGGAGCAGCCAGCCGCGCCGGGCCCCCCUCGACGCCCGCGGGGUCAACUUCGUCGAGGAGCCCAUGCAGACCGACUCCGAGAGCGGCGAGGAGGAAGAACGGCCACCGCCGCCGCCGCCGCCGCAGCAGUUCCCGGCUCCAGCGGUAAACCGGUUCACCAGACGGGCAUCAGUGUGUGCAGAAGCUUACAAUCCUGAUGAGGAAGAUGACGAUGCAGAAUCAAGGAUUAUUCACCCUAAAACAGAUGAUCAACGAAACAGACUGCAGGAGGCAUGCAAGGACAUUCUUCUUUUCAAGAACCUAGAUCCGGAACAGAUGUCUCAGGUGUUAGAUGCGAUGUUUGAAAAGCUGGUUGAAGGAGGGGAACAUGUCAUUGAUCAAGGGGAUGAUGGUGACAACUUCUACGUCAUCGAUAGAGGUACAUACGAUAUUUAUGUAAAAUGCGAUGGUGUUGGGAGGUGUAUUGGAACCUAUGAUAACCGAGGAAGUUUUGGUGAGUUGGCCUUAAUGUACAACACACCCAGAGCAGCUACAAUUAUAGCUACCUCUCCUGGUGCCAUCUGGGGCUUGGACAGGGUAACGUUCCGAAGAAUCAUUGUAAAAAAUAAUGCCAAAAAGAGAAGAAUGUAUGAAAAUUUUAUUCAGUCGUUGCCAUUUCUUAAAUCUUUAGAAGUAUCUGAGCGUUUAAAAGUGGUUGAUGUGAUUGGUACCAAAGUGUACAAAGAUGGAGAACAAAUCAUUGCUCAGGGUGACUUGGCUGAUUCCUUCUUCAUUGUGGAAUCUGGAGAAGUAAGGAUUAUAAUGUCAAGGAAGGAUAAACAAGAGGUAGAAGAGAAUGGAGCAGUUGAGAUAGCUCGAUGCUCAAGAGGACAGUAUUUUGGAGAACUUGCGCUUGUAACUAACAAACCACGAGCCGCCUCUGCAUUUGCUCUUGGCACUGUCAAAUGUUUAGUUAUGGAUGUGCAGGCAUUUGAAAGGCUUUUGGGACCUUGUAUGGAAAUUCUGAAAAGAAACAUUGCAAACUAUGAAGAGCAGCUAGUUGCUCUGUUUGGAACAAACAUGGACAUUGCCGAUACCAGUGCAUGAACUAAACACUGGAGCAACAAGAUCUGUUAUGAGAAUAUAGCACAGUAGUGGUUAGUCCACUGAGAAAUUGUCUUUCUUCCUAUAGAUGCCAAGCAUUUUCUGUGAUUUUAAGAAUGGGUUUGGGGGUAUUUUUUUGACUUCUUACAGUGGAAAUACUAGUAAACAAAACAGGAAUUUAAUAAAUAAUGGACUUGAUUUUUAAAAGUGCUGAGCAUUGACAGUUUCAUCUGGUAUCAAGAGGACCUGUAGUAACACAGCACCUUUGAAAAUCAAGUCCUUUCACACUGCAUUUCCUUAGAGUAGAUUUCAAAAAAAAAACCCCACAUGCCAUGAACUUGUUAAACCAUCUUCUGUUCUUCAAAAAGGUUACAACUUUCUGGAAAGACUGUUAGUUUGAAUGUGAUAUGUUGAAAGUAUUAGUGCACACAAAGUGUUUAUAUGUAUUAAUACAGAAGAUAUACAGUAGAUAUUACUUUCUGACUAUUACAGUUGUCAUGAUUUUAUGUUGCAUUUAUCACAGAUGUAGUGAAUCACAAGACUAAUCGUAAGAUAAAGCAUGACAAUGCAUUUUGUGUAAUGCUCAUGACCCAAAUCUGAUUUUUAACAUUUUGUAAUUUGUUUUAAAGUCCUCUUUGUUUAAUAUGUCAUGUUUCAGCACGACAUUGUAAUAUCUUAUGCAAUUUAGAGGACUUGUAUAUUUUUGCAAUAAACUGCAUUUUUUUAUUAGUUACAUGUAUUCUAUACAUGAGUGAGGACAGCUGACAAAUUAACCUUCAUGCUUUAAAAGCAUAGGUCGUUGUCAUGUUCUACCCAAUCAUAUAUAACCCUAUGCUGCUUUCCUUCUCCCUUGUGUUAUAUUUAUGCAUUUUGUCUUCUCUAUCUAUGCUUGUUCUCCAGAUUUUUUUAGAUUUCACUUUUUUUAUCUGUUAAAUAUUUUACCUGUCUCAGAUUAAAUGAUCUCUGUAUUUCUCUCUUCUUGCAGUCUGAUCUUAGCUAUCAAAGACCAAAUUCAAUUACUGAAGUGAUUGAUAUCGAAAGCCAUGCUAAACUAAACUUGUCCUUGAAAAGCCCGUAUCAGGAAGUACAAAAAUAUUUUUUGUUUGAAAGAUCAAUACUUGAGAAGCUUUGCAUAAGUCUAUAAAGUGUGUCAUUGUUAAAGCUAACACAUCCUGCUUUCAGAAACAUGUAGGUCAUCAUAAAAUAACAGCUUUUUAGCUAUAAUAGCAUGGGAUACCUUCUAAGACUGAGGAGAGAGAAUAUCAUCUUCAUUAUGAGCACAGGGCUCAUUGCUUACAAGGGUCUGUGACUGGAAAUUUCAGGCACAGUCCAAUUUUAAUACUGCUUACUGACCUGUCUGUUGAUAUUCAUGGAAAGCUAGUGCACAUAAUGGAGACUGGCAAUAGUUCUGCCAAAAUGAUACUACAAGAAUUGUAGGAAGGCUGCUAUGCCCUGUUUCAAACACCUGAAUUAUUACCAUCUUUCCUUCUUAGAUAAUGACUUUUCUAAUGCCAUAUAUUUGUGUACAUCGAUGUAAUUACUAUACUAUAGUUAGUUAUAUGUUCUGACAACUUAUAUAAUCAUACCUGUAAAUGAAAUUAUGAUUAUAUAAUAACAACAUAUAAUUUAUAUCAUACAGUAUGGUAUAAAUUAUACAUCAGAUUCCUAAAAAAUGCCAUUUGAGCAAAAUUUGCAAAUGUGGGGUUUUUUGAUUUUUUUGUUGUUGUUGUUGUUGUUUUGGUUUGUUUUUUUUUUUUUACCUAGAAACCCGGUAUGAAUAAUUGCACAUACAAUAAAUUGCCUUUGUACUUUUGAUUUACGGAAAAAAGAGAAGCCUGUUAUACUAGAAAGAAAUAUCAGGUAACCAAAAUCUACACUUUUGCCAUUCUGUAUGCUUAAUCUCUAAAAGCUACCUAUAUUUUGCACUAGCUUGAUGUGAUUAAGAAAAAAUGCUAGAAAUUACUUGUAUGGCAGUAAACUACUAUCAAGGCCAUAAAUGCCAGUCAUCAUAUUUUCAAUAUCGUUGGUUAUAUUUAAAGUUUCCUUACAAUAAACAACACUUUUAUAUAAAAA